AUUAACAAUUUCGUUCUAUUUAUUCCAUAUUUGCGAGCAAAAUGAGUUUGUGCGUGAGUUUGUUAACGAUGUUGUGGGUAGCCCACACCAGCGUGGGCUCCCCCGCGGGUCUGACGGCGCAGCAAUACCGACGCUUGUCGACCCUGUACAGCCAUCUUGACGAGGUGCCCUCAGCUGCGGUGGAGGCAGCGCUGCUGCGCCUGGUGCAGGAAAUGGAUAAAAAUGGAGACAUGGAGGUGGACAUGGAGGAACUCCAUGCCUGGAUGCUGGAGGCAUUCAGGGACCCAGACGCGGCAGCGCAACGCGCACCGCCGCCCACCGAGGGGCAGAGCGACGCUACAAAAGACUUGGGCUACUCAUCGGACCCUUUCGAUCACGAUUUCGACGCAUUCCUGCCGCUCAUUUUCCGUAUGUCCUUGGACGCUCUUCCGCAAUUUGCAGAUCUCCCGACUGUAGAAGUUGCUCCUGAACCGUUAUUCAAUCUACCGCUCGGUGCCAUCAGAUUGUGGGCGUCGGCAGGACACAGCCGCGCGGCGCAGCGCAUAGUUGCGCACAUCAUCGCGCACGCGGACGACGAUGGCAACGGCCGCCUGAGCGUCGCGGAGCUGCACCGCCACCGCCGCCUCCUGCGCGCCACCAGGGCCAGGGCGCGACGGGGGCUUGCUGGGCUGCCUGAUGAACUGUGAUAUGCUUCACUUAUCUCACUCACUUAUCUUAUCUCAC